AACAAUCCAAUCAAAUUAAGAAAGUUUUGAGAACAGGACUAGUGUACAUAUUUUCUCUUCUUUCAUCUUUUAUGAUUAUUCCAAAUUUAGCGGAAAAGUGAGAGCACAAUGGCCUCGGCCACUCUGCCACUCUUCAAUUGCACCAGCUGGAAGCAAAACAAUGGCAGAAUAUCUGGCUCUGCUAAAUUUAGACCCAAUGUCAGAGCUACUCUGGCUGAGCCGCGGCCAGGGGAAUUGGCACGAGGCAAUAUUAACAACAAUAAAAACAAUGAUAACAUAGUGAGGAGUUUAGAGAGGAGUCUGAAGGCUCCACUUAGCAGUGGAAGGAAUGGUGAUGCAGAAGCGGAAGCGAGGGCUUUGGCCAGAGCGACUGAGGCCACAGUCUACGAUCCUGCUAAAUUAAAUGACAAAUAUAUAAACCGGCCUCUUAAGGUAUUUGGACGUACUGUGGAAAUAUUCUUUGGAUUGGGCUCUUUUGCACUAAAGUUGGCUCUUGAUCAACGGAGUGGCCGCUUGAAUCAGAAUAAGCGUAUACGGGCUGUUGAACUUAGAAAAAUACUUACAAGAUUGGGUCCAACUUUUGUGAAGGUGGGGCAAGGUCUAUCAACCAGACCAGAUCUUUGUCCUCCUGAGUACCUUGAAGAACUAUCGGAGCUGCAGGAUGCCCUACCUACUUUUCCGAAUGGUGAUGCCUUUGCCUGUAUUGAAAGGGAGCUGGAGUUGCCACUUGAAUCAAUCUUCUCAGCUAUCUCAGCAUCCCCAAUUGCAGCAGCUAGUUUGGGCCAAGUUUAUAAAGCUCACCUAAGAUAUUCUGGACAAAUGGUUGCUGUUAAAGUGCAGAGACCCAAGAUUGAAGAAGCUAUUGGACUAGAUUUCUACUUGGUUCGGGGUCUAAGUAAGCUUAUCAAUAAGUACGUGGAUAUUGUCAGCAGUGAUGUUGUUGCUCUUGUAGAUGAGUUUGCACGAAGAGUAUAUCAGGAACUCAACUAUGUGCAGGAGGCACAAAAUGCAAUUAAGUUCAAAGAGCUGUAUGGAGACAGGCCGGAUGUUUUUGUCCCUGAAAUCUUCUGGGAUUAUACUAGUACAAAAGUUUUAACAAUGGAUUGGGUGGAUGGUGUGAAGCUAAAUGAACAGGAAGCCAUUAAAAAACAAGGUCUGGAUCUCUUAGAGCUGGUGAACACGGGCAUCCAAUGUAGUCUAAGACAGCUGCUUGAGUAUGGUUAUUUUCAUGCAGAUCCACAUCCAGGGAAUCUUCUAGCCACACCUGAGGGAAAGCUUGCAUUUUUGGAUUUUGGAAUGAUGAGUGAGACACCUCAACAGGCUAGGUUUGCCAUCAUUGGUCAUGUAGUUCACAUGGUUAACCGAGAUUAUGAAGCUAUGGCCCGGGACUACUAUGCAUUGGAUUUUCUGUCACCUGAUAUAGAUGUAACACCUAUUGUUCCAGCAUUAAAGAACUUCUUUGAUGAUGCACUGAAUUCAACAGUCAGUGAGCUGAACUUUAAGACUAUCGUGGAUGGAUUAGGGGCUGUUCUAUAUGAAUAUCCUUUUGAUGUUCCGGCAUAUUAUGCUUUGAUACUGAGGUCGCUGACAGUUCUUGAAGGACUGGCUCUUUAUGCUGACCCUAAUUUUAAAGUACUUGCUGCUUCAUAUCCUUAUUUUGCCAAGAGGCUCUUGACAGAUAACAAUCCUUACCUGAGAGAUGCCCUUAUUGAGCUUCUUUUCAAGGAUGGACGAUUCAGGUGGAACAGACUUGAAAACCUUCUUGUCCAGGGGCGCAAAGAUAGUGAUUUUGCUGGCAAAGAUGCUUUACAGCCUGUCCUAAAGCUUUUGUUGGGGCCUGAUGGUGAAGAACUCCGUACAUUAGUUGUCAGGGAGGCUGUAAGGGUUGUUGAAGCUAUUUUAUUGGGAACUGCUAUAGAUAGUUACAAUUCUGUACCAGAUCCUAUCAGGACCCUCAUUCCUAGUGGAAGCGCUAAUGGGUUUUUGAGAAUGAAUGAGAAUGAACAAGCAACAAUGCUUGAACUCCGAGAUCGAGUACUUAGAAUAUGGGGUCUUCUUCGCUCUUCAAGAGGAUUUGAUCCUGAUUUACUGCAGCCUAUUGUAGAGAUACUUCAACAACCUGAAGCGCGGGACAUAGGAGGUCGUGUUGUAGGAGGAAUAACACAGCGUCUUGCAGCACGCUUAUUGCAACAAGUCCUCCGACCAGCAAGUCCAGUACCUACUUAAAGACAAAUUCUUUUAUUUAUUUUGAUCUUUUCCAUUAUCCCAAAGAAAAUAUUACAACACACUUUGCAUUUCCUGUAUAGUAACUAUAUAUGCAAAGUGAUAAAUGUAAUAUUCUUUAUUCAAUCUCGUAUGGAUUGAAUGUCUCUGUAACAAGGAAAAAUUCUAGAGGAAGGUCAUCUAUAAAAAGCAUUUCUCAUUGAGUACAUUAAUUUUA